AUGCAUACACUUAAUAUUGUUGGAGUCUCUGCUAUGGCAUCAACAGCCAAACAAUUUCAAGAAACGGUUAUGUUCUCACGCUUUGGUGAUUUUAAGACAAAUGUCAAGUUUUACUCCCUGCAGAUUAUAGUCAGUGCCUUGCCUUCUCAAAUUCUCAUUCGGGGCAACUUGAAAAUGCCCCAUAACAUGCAAAACCAGUUAGCGAAUCCAAAUUUUCACAUUCCUAGUCCUAUAGAUGUAUUGUUGGGUGCUGAUAAAUUUUUUGAUAUACUUUAUGGUGAAAAGUAUCCAUUAUUAAAUCUAGCCAGCUUGAUUCGUACCAUGUUAGGAUGGAUAGUAACAGACAAAAUCUCGAUUGUGUCAACAUCUAAUACAUUACCAAACUUUAUGAUCCAUAAUCAAUCUGCAUUAUCGUUCUUCAAGUCAAAGCCCAAUCAACGCUUUCUUGAAGAGUUCAAAGCCGAAGAGCAUUUUCAAUCAACAUUCAGUCGUAAUUACAGUGGUAGGUUCGUAGUAAUGCUGCCAAUGGCACAAGAUCCCAAGGGGCUUGGUGAUUCAUUAGAUAUGGCUCAAAAAAGAUUUUUAAAUCUAGAGAGACGACUCCUAAAAGAUAAAAUACUUACUGAUCAAUACGAUAAUUUUAUUGCUGAAUAUAAUCCUUGGGUCACAUAG